AUGUUCAAUCUCGACAAUGUCGAAAACUCGUCCUGGACUGCCAAGGAGCACGGCCCCCUCGCGCACGCCGUCGACGCGUUCUACUCAGCCGUUAGUGACGACUGGCUAGACGCCGACGAGGAGUUGUUCCGGGGUGUGUUGCCUCCGGUGAUUGAGCCCGUUAAGAAGUCGACGGGGUCAGCGCCCCGUACUCAGAACGAGGCCUGCCCCAACGUGCAGAAGUCUAAGUCGGCCGAGAUUGCCACUUUGCUCCAGCCUCCAGCUGAAAACCAACCUCGAACUCGAGAGACGUCGACCUCAGUUCGACACCAUCGACGUUUGGGGGCUUCCAGUGGUCUCUCACAAGGUUGCGGCAAACCCCAACGUGGCCAAGUACGUGUCCACGGGUCCAUGGCCGAGCAGGAGUACGACGCCAUCCAGCCCGGAGAGAAGAAGACCACGGAGGAGGUCAAGAAUCGCAAGGGUGAGGAGGAAGCGUCAGAGUACGCCAAGUACAACCAUUUCUCCGGAGGAGCGGAUGGACCUGCAGAUGACAAGGCCAAGCAGGCUGCAUGAGAAUAUGGUUCCAAGUCGGUCCUGCCACCGAGAACAUGAGUCCCACCCCUCAUCGGCACCCCUUGCCAUCCUCGCGCAGGGGCAAUACAGGCCUCAACACUUUUUAACAGGCUUGGAAGGACAGGGAGCAGGCCCUGAACUUCAACAACAGCAACGUCGGCAACGCGACCCCGGCUCCCGUUCGCCACCACACACAGGUGUCCGGCCCCUCCUCACCCCAGCACGUCCCCAUGGUGACGAGGCGCACGAGUGCCCUGCUGGAGACCAGAGCCUUUAUGAUACGUUCGACUACCCGGAUCUACAGCACCUACCUUAGCAAGCAAUAAUACGACAAUCCUAGGACAUGGCAAUCCAUUAAAGAAAGGGAAUCUCCCACUUGCAUUUGCUGCAAUAACUCAUUUUAUUCUUCUCUACAUCCUGGUCCCCAUCGUGUUCAAUUUCAACUAAGAUGUCGGUCGAUGGGACCAUACCAGUUCCUGUACCCGGGGGUCAGACCUUCGGUUGCCCCCUACGCCGGCAGGCGUAGG